GGGGCAGCAGAGUCACUGUUUACAGGCAGGGAGCAGCUGGCUGCACGAGCUGUUAGCUGUAGCGUGGAGUUGAAGCAGAGACUUAGAGACUCAGAGGAGGUCGCUGGAGGAGUUCUUUAAAAAAGUUACACAAACUCAAAGGAGAACUCAUUCAGCGCGUGUAAUCUACAUGGUGACAGACAGCAGACUCAGAGGUAACUACUUGUUAGUGUGAAAAAGUCUUUCAGCGUGUGAAACUUUAACAUUUAGCUCGGACUCGCGGAUUCUGCAUGGUCGCUAGCUAGCUAACAGUUAGCUGUAGAAGCUACUCGGCUAGCUGGCUAACGAGGUCCAGCCCAAAAGUUGUUUACCUCAAGUUGUGGAUGUGGUCACCCCCUGAGCUGUUCGCGACUUUUCUCCGGGAUAAGAGAGCCAGGACCAGAUAUUCACCCUGGAUUUAACACUGCGCGCUGUUAGGAGACUAGCAGGAUGUCCACAGAGGUUGAGCGCAGUCAGGUCGAUUCAGGUUUGACAGCAGCAGGCUCCGGGGCAGCGGCGGAGAAGAAGAGCCACAACACGCCCGAGGAGGAUCACCUGCAGACAGAACACACUGAGAAAGGGCUGGACAAGCAGCUGGCAGAGGAGGUAGCAAAGAGUCCAUCAGACGUGCUGAAGAAAUGUAAAGAAAACGAUAAAGAGAAUGAGCAGAGCAGCAGCAGCGCGGACUCAGCUGUAGAAACCGUGAAGAGGAAAGUUGUGGAAGCUCCUCCGCCUAAAGUCAACCCGUGGACUAAGAGGACCACAGGCAGGGUGCCGAGCAACAAUAUGAACUCAACUUCCCACGAGAAAGAUCAACAAAAUGCUCUGAAAGUUGUCCGUGCCAGCAAGCCCAGAACGAGAAAAUCCAGCAAGUCAAGUGACUUCAGUGAUAUCACAAACUGGCCCACACCUGGGGAACUGGCCAAAGAGCAACAACAAAAUGUCCUCAACAACAACGGAAAGAAGCCUCCUUCCUCACGCAGAGAGAAGGAGAAGAGGAGAGAGCGACCGGAUAGAAAAUCAGAGAGCAGCCAUGACGGCGGGGAGAGCAAGGAGAACCAGGAAGCUCAGCUGGACCCGCUGGGAGACCUGCCCAAAGACGGGGAGUCCAAGACGGGACAGGACGCCAAGAGUGCCGCCCUGAAGAAGAGGGGUGGUGAGGGUAACAAACGUAAGUGGGUUUCUCUGCCGCUGGAGGAAGCAUCACGAGACAACGGCGACAAGACGCCCGGCGGGGGCCCGGCACGCUCCGACACAGACCCCACCAGCGACUCACCCGACCCCACGUCGCCCAAUCACACACUCCAUAAUAACAGGGCGCAUGAUAGCAGCAGGAGUUGGAGGAGAGAGUCCCGGGACUUUGGGGACGACACCUCCAGCGUGCGGAGUGACAGCGGGAGCAUUCGGGGAGGAAUACGAGGCCGGGGGAAAGGUCGCGGGCGCGGGAGAGGUCGUGGACGAGGCCGCUAUGAAUACUCUCAGAGCUUCCGGGACUCUCAGUCAUCAGACGGCUCGGCUCAGGCCCCCUCAGAGUUCGGCAGCAACAUGGUUUAUUACUAUGAUGACGGCAGCAAGGUCCAGAUGUACACUGUGGAUGAAAAGCUUCUUAAAGAAUACAUCAAACGACAAAUUGAGUACUAUUUCAGCCUCCACAACCUGGAGCGAGACUUCUUCCUGAGGAGAAAAAUGGACGCCCAGGGCUUCCUCCCAAUCUCCCUCAUUGCCAGCUUCCACAGAGUGCAGGCUCUCACCACAGACGUCACCCUCAUCGUUGAGGCUCUGAAGAGCAGCAAAGAGGUGGAGCUGGUGGACGAGAAAGUCCGCUGUAAAUCUGACCCGGAGCGCUGGCCUAUCCCCUCCCCUACCGUAGUCGGCUCCCCUCGGACCGACUUCUCACAGCUCAUCAACUGUCCAGAGUUUGUUCCCCGUCAGUCCCUGAGCUCCACAAACUCUGCGUCCUCGCCCGUAGAGAAGACUCCUCCUGACUCUGCUGAGCCUCAGGACUCUGUUGAUCCCAGCUCCUCCAGCCAGGAGUCCCUCCCCAACACAGACCCCUCCAAAGACGCCCCCGCCCCCCAACCCGACCCUGACGCCUGGAUCCAGGUGGAGAAACGCCACAGACAACCCUCCGGCAAGGCGAAGGAGCGCAGUGAAGCGUCUCCACGCAGCCAACAGAAACCUCCAGAGCCCGACCAGGAGGAGCUGGACUUCAUGUUCGAUGAAGAAAUGGAGCAGAUGGCGCCGCGGAAAAACAAGUUCACCGACUGGUCAGACGAGGACGACUCAGACUACGAGCUGGACGACCAAGACAUCAACAAAAUCCUGAUCGUCACCCAGACGCCCCCCUACCUCCGUAAGCACCCCAGUGGAGACCGGACGGGAAACCACGAGUCCAGAGCAAAACUCACCACUGACCUGUUCAAAGCCAUUAAUGACGGGCUGUACUACUACGAGCAGGACCUUUGGAAGGGGGAGGAGCAGAUCGAGUGCACCAAGCAGGAUGUGGAGAACUUCAAGAAGCUCAACAUGAUCAGUAAAGAUGAGUUUGAUACUCUAGCCCCCAAAACGCCUGUUGAAUUCAUCCAGGAAGUCCCUCCUCCUCCCAUGACAGUGGAUAGCGGAGCAGACAUGGCCCGCUCUCUGCCGACAACGGUGCCAGAGUCUCCCCGCUCUGAAGAACCCCGAACGCCAAGAACGCCCCGCACCCCUGGACGCCAAGACCCCAACAAAACACCCCGCUUUUACCCUGUCAUGAAGGAGAGUGGCACCGUUGACGGACAGACACCAAGGAAGAAGAAAACCAGCCAUAGUUCGAACCCUCCUCAAGAAGCCCACAUCGGAUGGGUGAUGGAUUCCCGUGAACACCGGCCUCGCUCAGCCUCCAUCAGCAGCUCCAACGCCUCUCCAUCAGAAGGAGCUCCGCUGAGCUCCGGGAGCUACGGCUGCACCCCUCAGUCUCUGCCCAAAUUCUGGCAUCCAUCCCACGAGCUGCUGAGAGACAACGGCUUCACCCAGCAGGGAUACCACAAGUUCCGCCGACGGUGCCUGAACGAGAGGAAACGGUUGGGGAUCGGUCAGUCUCAGGAGAUGAACACUCUCUUCAGGUUCUGGUCCUUCUUCCUGAGAGACAACUUCAACAGAAAGAUGUAUGAGGAGUUCAAACAGAGCUCGCUGGAGGACGCCAAAGAAGGCAACAGGUACGGACUAGAGUGUCUCUUCAGAUACUACAGCUACGGUUUGGAGAAGAGAUUCAGGUUAGAUCUGUUCAAGGACUUUCAAGAAGAGACCCUCAGAGACUUCGAGAAAGGUCAGCUGUACGGACUGGAGAAGUUCUGGGCCUUCUUGAAAUAUUCUAGGAUAAAGAACCAGCCCAUCGACCCAAAACUGCAGGAACACCUCUCCCAGUUCAAACACCUGGAGGACUUCAGGGUAGUGCCCCCCAUGGGAGAGGAGGGAGGCAGGAGGAGACGUCACUCAUCCUCGGCCGGGGAUGAAGGGAGGCGUCGCAGACAUCCUUCCAACACUACCUCAAAACCAGUGCAGGCCUCUAAAUCCUCUAACGCUGCAACUCAACCCACAGCUGCCACUGCACAGAACACGCCCAAAGACAACGCCCAGAAAACAGCCACCGCCACCACCACCAACACCAACCAGGGGAAGAAGUCUGAUCCUGGAGCUGGGAGAAAGGAAAGUGCCGCGCCAAAUAAAUGAAGCCCGCCCCUCCUGUAGGUGUGGGUUUGGAUAGCCGAGAUGCAGAGCGAAGCGGCGGCAGUAGCAGCAGCUCUGAGCUCAGCGUUUGCUCUUUUCAACAGCAAACGGUUUGGGUAUGAAGAGAAACUGAGCGUGGUUGACGUAAUUUGAUCGUUUUUAUCAGUGCAUUUCAUUUUUAAAAAGGAAGCAAGUAUAGGCAGAGAGCUUGAAUCUGUGCGCCUCACAGCUCUUAACGUUUACAAAAAAACAACAAAAAAAAUGCAUUCCCUGCAUUUUGCCUUUUCCAUUCUCUUCUCAAGAUGCCAAAACUCUUCAACACGUUUGUUUGAUCUCAAUCUGUAAACAGCUCCGGUCUGUAAGGAGCUCUCAGCCUGUUGAACUGUGAUUCUAGUUUGCCAAGAUAAGAGAUACUGCAGGUAGUCUUGUGUGCCUUAAGAUGAUUCUGUAGGAAGAAAAAAGGGCGAUCUGCAACCUAACAGUACAAAUUAUGCUUUUGAAAGUCUUCCAAGUUGCGUUUUUUGGGGGUUUAAAGUGUCAUCACUUUCACGUUUCGUUUCCUUCCGUUAAAAAAAUCUUAAUUUUUUUAUGACAAUCAUUUUGACAGCUACAGACAUAAAUUUGUGAAGGACUAACCCCUCUGAGGCCGCCGAGCCAAACCAAGCGUGCCCUGAUGUUUUUAACCGGUUGACAGGCGUCACAGCUUAAUAUCGUGUUUGAUUUUUAAUUCAGCCUGCAGAAUUAAAGAUGAAUUUAUCUGGGGAGCUUUAAGUCCCAUAUUACACCCAGAGGUAGUGUAAUUUAUUUUGUUUUUUCAUGUACUUGAUUUGAUGGAAUAGUCUUAGGUAAUCAUUGCAGUUUUAAUGGCUUUUGCUAUUGAAUAUGAUAAAUAAAAAAGGAAAUGUUUCUGCUGGAAUUAUGGGUGUGAGCUAGCAUCGUAAAACUACAGUAUAUUUUAGCUUGAAGUUUACUUCAUAUUAUAUUUGAGGCUUGGUGCUCUAGAGCACUUAAAUCAUUAACUUUCCUUUACUUUAUAAAUGGACUUAAAGAGGUUUCAGAGUUGAAUUUAAAGAAAAAAAAUGUAAAUACUAUAAAAAAUCAUUUGCUAUUCAGUUAUUCUUUGAUUUAAAGAAGUGAUUUGUUUUAUUGGUAGUGUGGUUUUAAGUGUGUUUUAGGAUAAAGCAAUGCAUGUUAAUGCCAGAGUCUUGAAUUGUAAAAUGCAAAAAAAUAUAUAAAAUAACAGUUGAUUGUA